CAUACGAUAAAUUGCGCAUAGAGACGUGAGACAGAGGCUAUGAGCGAAACUGAAUUUGAUAUUGCCGUCAUUCCAAGUUGUGUGAUCGUUAAAUGAUCUGUACUUUAUUGGCAUUUUUCUCGUAUAUAGCAAAAAUAAUGGCCGGCAACCAAGAACGUACUUUUAUCAUGGUUAAACCAGACGGUGUCCAACGUGGUAUCGUCGGUGAAAUCAUCAAACGUUUCGAAGCUAAAGGCUUCAAAUUGGUUGGAUUGAAAUUCGUUUGGCCAACACAAGAAUUGUUGGAGAAGCACUAUGCUGAUCUCGCCGGUCGUCCAUUCUUCCCAGGAUUGGUUAAAUACAUGAGCUCCGGCCCAGUCGUGCCAAUGGUUUGGGAAGGUUUGAAUGCCGUUAAGACUGGUCGUCAAAUGUUGGGCGCCACCAACCCAGCUGACUCAUUGCCAGGCACCAUCCGUGGUGAUUUGUGCAUUCAAGUCGGCCGUAACAUCAUUCACGGUUCAGAUGCCGUCGAAUCGGCAAACAAGGAAAUUGCCCUGUGGUUCGGCGAAAAAGAAGUCGUCUCAUGGACCCCAGCCAACAAAGACUGGAUCUACGAAUAAAUGUUACAACGUCAUCCCAACAACCACAAAAAAAUCCAACAUACAAACAUUCACCGAAUUGAUUCCUGUGAGCUUCGCGAGAAAAAAAAGAAGAUGAAAAAAAAUACAACGUUUUGAUACAAUCUGAAAAUCUGUUUAACAAAAAUUUAUACAUCUGCCGAAGCAGACAAAAACAAUAUUUAGAUUUAUUUGAAUUGUAAUUUCUUCUGGAAAGAUGUUUUGUUUUCUCUUUUUUUGCAAAAAAAAUCUUUGCUCCGAUAAAUAUAAUAUAAUAAUAUUUUAAAAACAAAAAAAAUA